AUGACCACUCCUUCAACUGAAUUAAAGUGUUGUUCUCACUGCGACAUCUGUGGCAGCAUCACACUCUCUCGGGAUGCCCAGUCUGGGGAGGCAAUAUGCAGUCGUUGUUGUGCAUAUGAACAGCCCAUCGGCAGACAGGCGGGGAACAUCAACGAAGCCGCUGUAGCUGCAUCGGGAAGUGUGCUUGAGAACCAAGACAUCUAUAUGGCAUUCAAGGACGUCCAAUCGCUGACGAAAAGCAUCAAGUCCGGGCAGAAAAAGAGCGAUAUCGUCGUUAUGAACCGACAGGAGAGAGAAAAUGUCCGACAGCUCAUCGGAAAGUAUGGUAUGGAAGGUUUAAAGGCCAGGGUGAAGAAGCUGGCAAGCGAUGGAGUGUUUGCAAAUCCUUCUACCGCACAGCGUAUGUUUCCUGACCUUGGCGGCGAUAUUCCUGCAGUCAAGGCUGUAGGUAAGACGGUAGCAGAAGAUAGGGUCAUUGGAGCGGUCAACCCGGACGAGUUGAUCCUUGAGCCUUCUGGAGAUGCAGAGGACCUUAUAGGGGAAGCUGUUCUGACAGAAGGGGCCCCAGCCAAUGCAGUAAAUUUUCCAGAGGGCGAUGGACAACCAGGUCUUGAGCGACGAGCCCAAGGCGAUCGACAUGCAGCGCGCCUGUCGCUCAGCAGCCAGCACGAGCUUAUGGUCGAUCUACAGAAGUAUCUUGAGCGAGCUUGCUAUAUCUAUGCGCGCAAACACAUGAAAGAUGUUCUGGAGGAGCAAUGCUGGGACUGCGCUGUGGCCGCACAGCUGAGUGACUGGAUGGAGCAAUUCCUCAAUCGACGGCUUGCUUUCACUACAGAUGCCACUGACGAAGAACUUAAGAAAUUGUUUGAGUCAGGGAUCGAGAUUCGCAACGCUGCUGUCCGUCGUCGUAACAUGGAGUCAAGUAAAAUAACAGAGCUGCUUGGCGUUGCAGAGAGGCUUCUGGAUGUUUUACAGGUCGACCAGUACCGGGACCUCGUCAGAAGCCUGAGGCUCAAGGUGAAAAAGGCAUGCGACGAACUGAAUCAAGAAAAGUCACAGUUGCAAGUCCGGCUAGAGAAAAAGCUGGCGUAUAUUGCAGCUGAAGAAGCCAAACUGCGUGACAGGAAGAGGGCGAUCCUGGUUGAAAACGAAAACAGCAUGAAGGAAAGCCAGGAAGUGGCUGGGUCAGAAAUUCGAGAUGCUCUGGACAAGGCAGAGGUGACAUUUAAAACGGAGAUAGAGUUGGAUACUAAGCACCGAUGGACACUGAUACAGCGGGCUUAUGCUUCCAAGGCGGAGACCGAUGUUUAG